AUGUCGCCUAUAGGCUUUUGUAUCAUAAUAUUUGGUUUAAUAACCUCUACGGACUCGAUCAACCGGCUGUACAAAGAUGAGCAAGUACGUGACUUGCUCAUUUCAAUUCUUGUGCUGGAUAAACAGUUAAGUACACCUGCGACAACGUUAUCACCGAAAACAACAAUAUUGUCAGAAACAACAUCAUCAUCCACAACAACAACAACAUCAUCAUUAGCAAAAACAUCAUCAUUGACAACCGCAACAGCGUCAUCGACAACAACAACAUCAUCCUUGGCAAAAACAACAGCGUCGGCAGCAACAACAGCGCCAGUUAAAAGACGCUGGUAUGCAGAAAAACACGAUGCAGAAAAACGAUUGUAUGAAUUUCUACUCGAUUUGCUCGACAGUGAUUCACCUUACGAAAGAUCAUAUUCAAAUCCAGAUAAAAGGGGACGUCAGAAGGGUUAUUCCGAAAGCGACUUUGAUUAUUUAUUUGAAUAA